CGAGCUUACAAGUACCGGACCCAGGAUCCACACAGUCCACACGUAUUAGAAAAAAUCAUGGCAUCCGUAGCGAAAGUCAGCAAACAGUGAGCCCUGAAAAGCAAAGUCAAAGGACCUUCCCAAGGAUUUCUCAUAUGUGUUAGUGCUUGUGUACAUUCCUGUGGGACUUUCUUGCCAGAGUGUCCUCAUAAAUUGAAUUUGUCUGGAAGUAUAAAUAAAUAACACGGAGAUUGCCGCAGGAGUGAGUUCAACCUCAAAUAAUCAACCAUGUAUGGAAUGUUGUACGAGAGUGUCCAGCACUAUGUGCAGGAGGAGUACGGUGUGGAGAUAUGGAAGAAGGUGUGCCACAUUAUCGACUGCAAGCACAACAGCUUCAAGACCCACCAGAUCUACCCGGACAAGCUCAUGCCGGACAUUGCCGCUGCUCUGUCCGCCUGCACCGGCGAGUCCUUCGACUUCUGCAUGAAUUUCUUCGGAAAGUGCUUCGUCCGGUUCUUCAGUAACUUUGGGUAUGACAAGAUGAUCCGGUCCACUGGACGAUACUUCUGUGACUUUCUCCAAUCUAUCGACAACAUCCAUCUGAUAAUGCGCUUCACGUACCCCAAGAUGAAGUCGCCCAGCAUGCAGCUGACCAACAUGGACGACAAUGGAGCUGUUAUUCUGUACAGGAGCAGUCGCACGGGCAUGUCCAAGUACCUCAUCGGCCAGAUGACGGAGGUGGCCAGGGAGUUUUAUGGUUUGGAGAUUAAGGCCUAUGUGAUUGAGAGCCAGAACGACAUCAGUGGUGGCACGGCCGGUCCCAUUAGGCUCACGGAGGGCCCGUUGACGGUGAUUGUCAAGUACCGGCUGGACUUUGACAACCGGGAGUACAUGGCCAAGCGGGUCAACACAGAGGCCCAUCCAUCCCAGCUGAAGAUGCCGACGGUGAACCUGAACGUGUUCUUGGACCUGUUUCCCUUUACUUUCGUCCUCAAUCAUGACAUGAAGAUCACGCACGCCGGUGAGAAAAUCGUGGAGACGUGGAUUAUGCACAACCCGGGGGCGAACCCCAAAGGCUUCAUAGGAAGUCAUGUCAUGGACCGAUUCCACUGCCGCCGUCCCAAGGACACUGCCAUCGACUGGGAGACCCUCAUCCAGAUGCGGGCAGUGCUCUUCGAGUUCGAACUGAUUCGAACUGGCCAUAACAGAGCCGCCUAUGAUGCCGUUCUCAACAUGGAUUUCGAGAACUACGACGAAAUGGAUCUGAACGAGGCCCAGACCAUGGCUCUGGCCAAAGCCAAGGAGUUCAAUGAAGGGCAAUCGGCCGACACCGAUCUAGCAGCUGGAGAGGAUGAGAUUGACCCGGCCACUGGUGAACGUCGUUCCUCACAGGGACUGCGGUCCAUUCUGCUGAAGGGUCAGAUGUUCUACAUCAAGGACGUGGACUCGCUGAUCUUCCUCUGCAGUCCGUUGAUCGAGAAUCUGGACGAGCUGCAUGGGAUUGGACUGUACCUCAACGAUCUCAAUCCACACGGUCUCAGUAGGGAGCUGGUCAUGGCAGGAUGGCAGCACUGCUCCAAGCUGGAGAUUAUGUUCGAGAAGGAGGAGCAGCGCUCGGACGAGUUGGAGAAGUCACUGGAACUGGCAGACUCCUGGAAACGGCAGGGAGACGAGCUGCUCUACUCGAUGAUUCCGCGUCCUAUUGCAGAGCGGAUGCGGCACAGCCAGGAGCAGGUGUGUCAGAGCUUCGAGGAGGUGUCCGUCAUCUUUCUCGAAGUUCUGAACGUGUACGAUGGUGGUCUGAACAGCAUUCAGGGCGCCAUGGAGGCGGUCAACACUCUCAACAAGGUUUUCUCCGCCCUCGACGAGGAGAUCAUCUCUCCGUUCGUCUACAAAGUGGAGACUGUCGGAAUGGUCUACAUGGCGGUGUCGGGAGCUCCUGAUGUGAAUCCUCUGCACGCAGAGCACGCCUGCGAUCUGGCAUUGCGUGUGAUGAACAAGUUUAAGAAGCGGGAGAUGGGUGAGGUGGCCAUUCGGGUGGGAAUCAACUCGGGACCAGUGGUGGCCGGAGUGGUAGGACAGAAGGUGCCACGAUACUGCCUCUUUGGCGACACUGUCAACACUGCUUCGCGGAUGGAGAGCAGCAGCGAUCCCUGGAAGAUUCAGCUCUCCAAGUACACGGCCGAAAAGGUCCGCCUGGUGGGCUACAAGGUGGAGUCGCGCGGCACCGUCAAGGUUAAGGGCAAGGGCGAAAUGGAGACAUACUGGCUGCUGGAGGGACCGGAGGGUUAACCGACUAUUUUAAAUGAAUUUCCAUGUUAAGCACCUGCACCAAUA